AUGGAGAAGGCGGUUCAAGUGUGCGUUAAAUCUACCAAAACGUGGAAGAAAAACACCGAAACGCAAACAGUGAUUUCAUCUUUGGAAGUGAAAAGCGUGGGUACACAGUGUGGCGGAGAAAAACAUGACAGUUACAAUCGUGAGGAAAAGUUGAAACACUGGACGUAUGAUCGUUUAAGAGACGAAGUUCUCAGAAGCAAAGAGGAAAUCAUACAAUGGUGUAUGGAUGAAGGACUAAUUGCAAAAAGUAGACUCUGCUGUCACUGUGACCUUCCCAUGAAACUUGUUAAAUGCGAUGACCGCUCUGAUAAGUACAAAUGGGAAUGCCGUAAAAGCGUGAAUGGCAAGAGGCACAAGAUCGAGAUAUCAAUUCGGAAAGGCAGCUGGUUUGAAAAAAGCAACAUGACCCUUGAAGAAGUUUACUUAUUGGUGGUGCCGUGAAUCGUGAUGUGAGACAAGACGAAAUACGACAUGAGUUGAAUAUUGCCGCUCAUACAGCAGUUGACUGGGAUAGCUUUUGUCGAGAAACGUGCGAAGUUACACUUAUGGAACGCGAACAUCCAAUUGGCGUGGCGGUCCUGGCAAGAUUGUGCAGAUUGACGAAAGCAAAUUUGGAAAGAGAAAGUAUCAUCGUGGACAUCGUGUGGAAGGUCAGUGGGUCUUUGGGGGAAUCGGGGAGGAGUCAAGACGAAGUUUUAUGGUAUAGCCGUGGAAAAAAGAGACGAGUCCACGUUAUUACCGAUAAUUGGAAGGCAUAUUGCGAAAGGCUCAAUCAUAGUAUCAGACUGUUGGAAAGCGUAUAUAAACUUAGAAAAACAUGGGUAUGA